AAUAAUUGAUUUUGCGCUGCCUAUUUAUUGGGGCUAGACUAGCCGCCAAAAUUAAUAUUGCCAAUGCUGCCGACUUGCCGCCUUUGAGGACGACGACGAUGGUAGGCAACAAGCACAAGAACGGUCCCAUCUACACGUUCCCGAAUUGCAACAAGCCCAUGCGCACUCAAAAGUUCAAGGGCGUACUUGAAGGAUGGCGAGGUGUACUCGGUGGAACAUCGGCGGCAGUACGAAGUGGCGAGGGAGGAUAAUGCUCGCGGCACCGUGAAGUCUGAGCUUGUUUCCGCGGUUGCUACAGCUCCGGAGACACCGCCGGUGAUGUCUACAACGACGGCUAUGGACGGUAUUUCCUGUGUGGAGACCGUGUAUCCUGCUGUUGCUGCACACGAGGAUAUCGAUGGGGCGCAAGCGAGGCAGGUGCAAACAGAAGGCCCCGUUGUCCUCGAAUCUAGAAGACGAAGUCACAUGCGCCGUCAGGAAUGAAAAUGUUGCUACUAGUACGAGUGCACCACCCAGAACUAUAAAUAUUACGUCCAUUGCGCCGGCGUCUGCGCCGACUUCGCUGUCGAGCGAGCAAGUCAGCGGCACCAAGCGCCCGAUAGCCGCGAUAGAGAGCUCCUCCGGGGAUACCGUUGACCCAACGUGCGUGCUGUUGAUGCAGUUUAUCGCGCUGAUGGACCAGCGCUUCCAGGAGCUGGUAAGCAAGAUGGGCGAAAUGAUCGACGUGCAGAAAGACCUGAUCGACACAUUACAGGCCAGCAACCCGGGCGGACAGGCACCGGCAUCGGUCUCUCACACGCCGUCGAGGUGGUCAUGAAAAAACGCAAGAAAGAUACGAGCUCUCGCGGUGAUAGUAACAGUGAGAAUGGCAAUGCCAACGCCAACCCCGACGCUAAUGGUGAGGGUCAGGGCGACGGAUUUGUCUUGUAGGCGGCAUGAUGACAUCCAAAAUUGAGUCCUAGCUAAGUAUUGUUUCAUUCGAUUCGUCUUACAUGGUGGUGCGUUCCCGAACUCGACCUUUACGUUGAAGUUAAAGUCAAAAAUACGUCGCUGAAUAACCGUCAGGCCAUUUGAAG